CUGACGUUGGGUUGGUGCGAGCGGCCUGUGCGCUGCUGGGGCUGGCGCCAGGAGGAGUCGCGGGCGUCCCUUCGCCGCGCCCUCCACCCCCCGCGCAGCCAUUUUUAAACCAUGUGGAAGCGGGGCUCUCAAGAGAACUUGUCCUCCAAACCAGUAGCUCCUGGCUCACGGAAUGCAGCAAAUAUGUCAGUGGCUGAUUUAACCGAACAACUGGCACGUACUGAACAGCUGGUAACGCAACUCAAGGAACUUAUCAGGGAGAAGGAUACUGAACUUCUCAAGAAGGAUCAUCAGUUAAAGGAAGAAAAAGAAGCUUCUGAAGCAAAGCUUUCUAAAGAAAAGUUGCACAAUAGAGCCAAGGUGACAUCCCUGACCUCCCAACUAGAAGAACUUAAGAAGCAGUUAUCGGGAUCUGGGCAACAAGAGUUGAAAGCAGAGCAAAAAAAAGCAUCUAAAGAUAGUGACCAUGAAAAUGCUGCUGCAAAUCGUGGGAAAAUACUAGUACUUAAAAGGAGGAUUGAAGACCUAGAAACCCAAGUUGCACAAAAAAAUGAAGAGCUACGAAAUAAAACGUCUGAAUUGGAGGCGCAGUAUCAGCGAGGGGCAGAAAUGGAUGCCAUGCUUGUAGAAAAGGAAAAGAAACUACAUGAAAAAGAUGCCUACAUUGUUGAUUUGCAUUUAGCAUGUGGAGGAGGUGAUGUUACAAGAGUAACACUUGCCUGCAAUGAAGAAUUGAAGAAUCAGCUUUCUGCAAAAGAGUCUUCACUGCAGAACAUGCAGAUUCUAGUUGAGAACCUUACAAAGAAGGUUGGAGACAGUGAAGAAAGAUGUAGCUUACUCCAGGAACAGAUUAAAAGUCUUCAAAAUCUUCAGAGCAAAGAGAAGGGUCAUUUCCAAGAACGAGAAGCUAUGUAUAUAGAAAAUAUACGUAUGUUUCAGAAUAUUAUCCAAGAAAAGGAAAAGGAAUUUGUUAUAGAAGCACAGAAACAUGAACAGGAGCUCUUUAAACUAGCUGCUAGAUCUGAUGCAAGUGCUGAUCUAGAACAGUUAUUAAAGGCCUUGAAGCAGAAGCUACAUGAAAAAGAGGAAGUCAUGCUGGGAAGGACACAGGUGAUAGUUAUGCUGCAGAAAGAACUGGAUGACAAGGACCGGCAGCUGAAAGAAAUUAAUGAAAACCUGAAACUCCUUCAGUCAGAGAAAAAUAAUCUCCAGUCUAAGCUAGAUGCUGAGAAACAUGUAAUGAGAGCCCAGUUGAAAGACCUGAUGGAGAAACAUGAUCUUGAAAUGAAGAAAAGCCUAGAGAAACAUGAACUUGAAUUGAGGGCAAUGCAAGAGAAACACAAUGCUGAAGCACUUGAAAUUCAAGAGAGGCUUGAAACUAAGCUUCAAGAGAAAGAUCAAUCACUGAUGCAGUUUCAGAAACAAGUGACAGAAUUAAGUAAUAAUGGACAGAGUAACUCAGAACAAGUUAUUGAUAUAGAUGCAGUAAUCAAAGAAAGGAUGGAGCAACUAGAAGGUCAGGUGAAGUUGAAAACAGAAGAGGCAAGCAAGUCUGAAGCCAAAUUCCUUAAAACGAAGGCUUGGUCGAAAUCAAAAAUCAAACAGCUGGAGGAUGAACUGAAAAGUUUAUCAUCAAAGAAUAAUGACAUAUCUGCUUUAAACAACCAUAUCUCAGAAUUAGAAAUUGAAAAGGAAGAACUACAGUCAAAACUGCAAGCACUUUCUGAACUCAGAACUCAAAAUGAAGAACUACAGGCUAAGUUGGAAGUCUAUGAAGAACAGCAGCGAAAAUUGCAGGCUGAUCUUGAACAAGUCACAAAGAGGGCAGCCUCACAGGCCAGUGAAUCGGGCAGCGUGGAUGAGUUACAGAGUCAGCUUUUGGAAUGGCAGGAGAUUGUACCAAUAUCAGAGGAAGCACAUGACCAAGUCAGAGAAGAGAAAUCUGCCAUAGCUCUCAGAAUGGCACAGAUUGAAGAGGAGAGAGAAGCCAUAGUCUCAGGGCAGCAGGAGCUGGAGGAGGAACUGACCACAGGUCAAGGAAUUGGCAGGCUACUGCAAUCAAGAAGAAAGAGCAACCAAGCCAGCAGGAAACUUCAGGAAGAAUACAGGUUUGAUGGGAAACAAUGCUUUCAAGAACUGAAUGUCACCUUGGAUAGCACUGAUUCAGCUGAAGGAGAGAAUAUGGGAGGUUGGUGGCCAGAGUACACUUCACCUAAUGCAGGUUUACGGACAGUAGUUGAAGAGUUGGAAUUGGAACGAAAUCAACUGCAGGAACAAAUACUGUUCCUAGAGGAACGUUGUCAGGACUUGGAAGACAGAUUGCAGCUGCAAGAAAGAAUGGAGGCUCUUCAGAAUGAAAAUGAACGUUUGCAGACCCAGCUCACUCAGUUACGCAGCCAGCAAAUGCGAGAUGCAGAAAAGCACCAAGGUCUCAUUUCCAAUUUGAAUGAACAGCUCAAAGGACUAAGUGAUAAAAACAACUUCCUUGAAACUUCACUUGUGGAGAAGGAGCAAAAGCUGUUGAGUACAAAAGAAAAAGUAGAAGAAAUUGAAACUUUGAAGAGGUCACUUCAAGACAAAGAUCUUCUUAAUAAGGAACUUAGUGAGAAGUUUGGGCAAACUGAACAGAAGCUUGUUGAAGCCUUAAAGAAAUGCAGUACAUAUGAAGUGGAAUGUACUGAACAGAAGAUCGCUAUCAAUGAUCUAACAGAAAAAGUUGCUACAUUUAAAGAAAAGACUUUGAAACAAGAUGCUGCAGUAGAAUUGAUGCAACAGGAUCUUGACCAGACAAAUGAGGAGCUUGACAGACUGAACACAAACCAUUUGGAGGAGAGAUCUCAACUUAUUCAUGACCUACAGAGACAUGAGAGAGAAAUUGAUAACCUGAAAGAAGUGCUAGUUGAAAAGGACAAGGAAAUUUCUGUUCUCUCUUCAAGUAUGACUGAAUAUUCUGAACAGAUUAUCAUUCUGAAAUGUCAAAUCCAGAGCAAAGAGGCAGAACUACGAGAGAUGGAAGAAGCCUUGUCAAAGGCUAAUAGGGAAACUCACUUACUGAAAGAAGUACAAACAGUUGACAUAAGAGAUACAAGCAUGAAGAUUUCUGCACUUUCUGAGCAGAAUAAUACAAUGGCAUUGGAGCUGGAGAAAACUAAAGAACUGAAUGGAGCUAAAACUAAAGAAAAUGAGGAACUAGUAAGGCAAGUCAGUGAGAGCAGCAUAAUUAUUAAGGAUCUGCGUUCUGAAAUCAAGGCCAACAAUAUCACAUACCAUAAUAAGCUCAUGGAGUGUGAGUCACAGAUUACUUUGCUGAAAGAACAAAUGACUAAAUCAUCAGAAAAGUUACAAGAAAUUGAAAUAAAACACAAGGAAGAAACUGAAUAUUUGAAAUCCCAGCUUGAGGAAAAAAACUCUUCAAAGGAAAAAUUGAACAGUUUACUUAAAGACAAGGAAAACAAAGAACAGACACUUGAAAAUGAGUUAAAGUCAGUUAAAGAUUUUUACAACAAGCUAGUUUUGGAGGCUGCAAAAAAAGAUGAAGAACUGUCUAAGUUAUCUUUUCAGCUUACAGAACAUAUUGAACAUCAAGAAACACUUAAGAAGGCUUUACAGGAGAAAGUAAAUAUUAUUACUUCAUUGGAACAACAACUUCAAGUUGCCCAGCAGCAGAAUGAAGAGGCUAUGCUUACAUUAAUUGAAGAACUAAAAACCAAAGAUAUGCAAAGCAAAGAACUUAACAACCAACUAAAUGAAAUACAAAAAAUUAUGAAUAAGAUGGAAAUAGAGGCACAAAACAUUACUUCAGCUAAUAAGCAGUUGCAGGCAGAUCUUGAGGGGAAGGGAAAAGAUUUGGCAGAGCAAAUACAAGCUAAAGUAGAUUUGAGAAAUGCAGUAGAAAUUAUGGAAAAAGAGAAGCAACAGCUUAUAAGUGAAAAUGAGAGUUUGUCUGAAUUACUAGAUACAAAGGAGUGUGAAUUAUUGUUGAGAACCCAGGCUAUGGCAGCUAUGGAGGACAAGUUAUCUGUUAGUACUUUAGAGUACCAGAAAACUCUUUCAGAGCUAAGUGAUGUUAAAGAGACAUUAACAAAAAAGUGUGAGCAACUUUCAAUAUUUGCAAAGCAAAAAGAGAACUCUCUCACAGAGCAGGUGAUGGAGAAAACAAAGGAAUAUAAUGUACUAAUUAGUCAGUUGCGUGAACAAAUACAGUUGCUUACCAUCCAGCUGAACAAUGCUAAAGAUGGAGAAAUGGAAAAAGAAGGAAUGUUAAAUGACAAGUUGUCUGAAUGCAGUAUGCUUGUCCAGAAACUCAGCCACAGUGAGGAAAAAAUACUAUCAUUACAGAAACAGAUUCAAGAUAUAACUCUGGAUUUUGAAGGUACCAGCAGGUCUCUAGAAGAGAAAAUCCUUCAGAAUGCUUCCUUACUUAAGCAAGCAGAAGAAAAUAAAAUUGACAUGGCCAAGUUUAAGGAUGAAAUUCAAAAGCUUAAGGAUGAAAAUAUGAAAUUAAGUCAGCAGGUGGGAGAGAGAGACUUGACUAUUAAAAAUCAAGGUGUAAAGGUUGAAAAUUUUAAUAGACAGAUUGCUGAGAAAAUAGAAGAAAGUGCAAAGUUAAAUAACCGGUUAGAGAUACUUGGCAAACAAGUGGAGAUGCUAAAAUAUGAGAAGGAAGACCUUGCAGUUGCAUGCAGCAGAAAGUCAAGUGAUUGUGAUAUCCUCCAGUCUCAGCUCUUACAACACCAAUCUGAACUUGUUUCAAUAAAGAACAAAGCACAUGAACUAACCUUAGAAACUGAAAAAUUGAAAGUAGAUCUUGAAAUAGCUAAUAAAACAGUGAUAAAGAAAUCAGAUGAAAUAGCUACUUUGACUUCUCAUUUAUCUCAGCAAGGUCAUAAUAUUUUAGCUCUGAAGGACCAAAUUGAUAGCCUGAUAAUUGAGAAAGAAACAUUAAAAAUAGGUUUAGAAGAAAAGGAAGCUCUCCUUUCUCAAAAGGAGGUUUUGAUUGAGGAGAUGGGGGAAAAUAAAGUGGCAGGAGAAGGAAGGUAUUUGCAAAUAAUUUCUGAUUUGCAAAUUCAGAUGCAGGUUUUGGGUUCUGAAACCAGUCAGAUUAAGCAGACAAUGCAAGAAAAAGAAAAUGAAUGUAGAAAGCAAGCCCAAGAAUUAAAGCUGUUUAAAGAUAAAUCUGAAGAAUCUGAUAUGCUUAGAGUUCAACUGUCUGAGAAUAUGGAGGUGCUUUCUGAUCUUCAGUGUCAGCUUAAAACUAUGACAGAAAAAUCAGCAGAAUUGAAUGAAUCAAUUGUACAAAAAGACAAGUCUUUAAAGCAAAAAGUAGAUGAAUAUGUUAAUUUGAAAGCAUAUGUUUCUGAAAUGAAAGAGAGUUCCUUUAUGCAGCAGAAACAAUUAGAGGUUUUGACUUCUGAUGUAGAACAAUUAAAAGCAAUAAUUUUAGAGAAGGAACUGGUUGUCAGUAAUACUACAUUACUCAAUGAGAAGCUGAAGAUACAGCUUCAAGACAAAGAGAAUGAAUGUGAAGUGUUAAAGAAACAGGUAACAGAUUUGGAAGAAGCAAAACUAAAACUAAAAAGAGAGGUAAAUGAUCAAAAGAGGGUCAUAAAUGAUACUAAUCAGUUUUUGGCAGAGAAAGAAUCUUUUCUUGUGGAAAACACAAACCUCCUCAAGAAGCUAAGUGACAAAGCAAGUGAAAAUGAUGGAAAGCUAAAGUUGCUUACUCAGGUUCAGUGUCAGGUGCAUGAGCUGAUGCAAGAAUUAGAAAAGUCCAGACAGCAGUUGCAGGAGAAAGAAAGUGUUUUCAUAUCUUUGCAGGAAAAGUUUACAGCAGUGUGUGAAGAAAGAACUGAACUUAAUAUAACACUCAGUAAAAAGGAAGAGAAUAUUACUGGACUCCUUAAUUCCUUAAAUGAAAAAGAUGCUAGUAUGCAGCUGGCAGAAAGCAACAUUAGUGCUCUUACUAAGGAGAUCAUGCUCCUUCAGGAGAAGCUAGAGAAAAGUGAUACAGCUUUAAAAAACGUCACUAGUGUUUUGCAGGAGAAAGAUGAAAACUUUGCCAUAAACCAGAAGAAAAUUGAUUCUUUGACAGUUGAACUGUUCUCUAUAAAAACAGAGCACCAGAAAGCACUGGACCAGAUAAAUAUCUUCAAGCAAGAUGCACAGCAAAAAGAACUAACUUUACAAAAUAUGCAACUGAAUUGUACUGAACAGGCUAAAAAUGUUGAAUUAUUAAAGUCUGAGCUAAACAACAUAAAUUCCAAAUCCUCUCAAGACUGCCAUGACCAUACACUUUUAAUAGACAGUCUGCAAAAACAGGUAACUUCUUUAGAGAGGGAGAAAGUUCUCAGACAAGUAAAUGCAGAAAAACUGAUGGUAGAAAACAGAGAACUUAUUGCAUGCCAAAGUCUGUUACAACAAAAAUUAGAAAGACUGCAAGAAAUUAAUGAAAAACUAGAAGCCAGUGAAAAUUAUUCCAGAAUGCAGAUAGAUGCUGUCAAACUACAGAUGAAGACUGAAAAAGAGCAGUUACAAAUGCAGGUUAGUGCAAAGGGUGAAGAGGUCUCUGAAUUAAAGCUUAAAGUUGGAAAGUUAGAACAAAGUGUACUUGAGUCUGAAAACAAAUGGGUGACAGAACUUGAUAAGGAAAUUCAGCAAAAUUCAUUUCUUAAUGAGAAGGUUAGGAAUUUAGAGAGUGAAAUUAAAUCAAAAGAUGGUAAAAUCCACUUUUUACAACAAGAGCUGAAUCUUAUGAAAGAGGAGUUAACCAAAAACCUAUCAGCAUUAUAUAGCACUAGGCUUUUCUGCAAAGAACAGGAUGCAAACACUCCAAAUGCUAAUUAUCAAGUAACUGAUAGUAAAAUUAAAUGGGAAAAAUUCUCCAGCAUGGUAUCCACCAUUCUGAGCAAAGAAGUAGAAGGAGAGGGAUUGCAGCUGGCUCUUUUAGAAAAGAAUAAAGAAAUAGAGAUCUUGAAGAAGAAAUUACAAAAUAUGCAGUCACUAGAGAAAACAAAGGUGUUGCUACAGAAUGAUCUUGAAAAGGUGAAGGGCACCUAUCAAUCUGAAAUUGAAUGUUUGUCUCAGGAAUUGGUUGCUGUCAAAGAGACAGCUCAAAAACAACAAUCUCUUUUGGAAGGAAGAGAAGAAUUGUUUGCAGAAUUGAACAAACAGAUUAAUUUUCUUCAGAACCAGAUAGAUAAGUCCAAAGAAGAGCUCAAAACCAGUUCUGAGAAUUUAAGCGCUGACCGUAAAAAAAUAGUGAGUCUCUUAGCAGAAAUGGAGAAAAAAGACCACCUCAUAGAAAAUUUAACUUCUCAGACAAAGCAACAGAAGGAUUUAAUUUCUGCACUAAGUCAGCAGCUGAAAGAGAAGGAUUGUUCCAUUACUCAGGUCAUGGAAUCCUUGUCUAAUGAAAUGAUGAAGUUUUCUGAAGAGAGAAAUUUAUUAAACAGUAAACUGCAGCAACUUGAAUCUGAUCGAAAUAGUUCUAUACAAGAGCUAAAUCAAGUGUCCCAGCAACUUGAGAAUUAUAAAAAAGAAGUGGAACGUAAUCAGGUUAUAUUAAGCCACAAAGAAGCUGCAUUUAAAGAUUUAAUGAAUGAAAAAGAACAGAUGCAGUUUAGUCUUGAGAAACUGGGUAAGGAGAAAGAGAACUUGAAAAAGAAACUUCAAGCAGCAUUGUUGAUAAGAAAAGACCUAAUGCAAAAAAUUGCAAAUAUUGAAAGCAGCACACAGGAGGAAAUAGAAAAAGAACAUAAAAAAACAGAGGAACUGUUGAAGAGGAUUGAUGAGUUAACACAGCAGAUGAAACUUGUUCAGACGCAAAAUAGAGAUCUGGAAUCCCACCUUGAAACUCUGAAGCAACAGCUUUUAGAGAAAGAUGCCAAAAUAAAUAAAAUGAGUGAGACACUUUCUGCCGAAGUGUCUAAUUUAGAGCACCUUCAAAACUAUGUUGCAAAGUUGGAAAAUGACAUUGCUGUAAAAGAAAAAGAAUCUGAGCAAAAUCUAAAGUCUGUGGAGGACAAAGACACUCUGCUAGCUCACAUGCAGUCUAUGCUUAAUGAGAAAGAAAAAGCAUAUGGAGAAGAAUGUUCUCAAUUUAUCUUGACUAUUGAAAAUCUCAAGGCUGAAAUUGUAAAGAAGGAUGAAUUAUUGAAUAAUAUCAAUUUGGUAGAACCUUGUUUAAAUGCUGGAGAUGCUAAGAAUUUUGUGGGCCUUAAUAGUGAAGUUAGUCAACUAAGUCAAUUAGAAAGAGAGAGAGAGAUCCUACACAAGAAACUUCAGGCAUCACUUUUGGCCAGGGAAGAGGAUGUUAAGAAAUUUCAGAAAGAAAAGGAAGAGCACUUUAAACUUGGCACUGAUUUGAGUGAACAAAAUAAUGACCUUGAACUCCUCAGGAAGGAGCAUAAAACACUUCAAGAAGUUCAUCAAAGAAAGGGAGAAGAAUUUGACUGUAAUCAGUUGCUAUUAUGUUCUCCAGAGAAAGAGUUGGAGAUUCAUGUGGCAGCACUUCAAGAAAAGGAAACUACUGAUCCAAAUGGGUUGGAAUCAGAUGAACCUAAAAAUAAGACUCAGGCUGUGUUAGAGGAGUCGCAGCAGACAGUUGGAAUGACAAGGGAAGAGACUGAGUUGGAAAAACUAAUUGAUAACCAGGUGAAACUUCAAGAAGAAACAAAAAUGUUAAAGGAUGAAGUAAGAAAGGCAUCAUUUGAACUUGAUGACAAAAUAGAAGAGAUGAUAAACCUGCAGGACUCGGUGAGUCAAAUGGAACAGCCCAAUAAACAUCACAAAGACUGCAUGUUGGAUGAAAUAAAUCAACUGCAGAAAAAUUUGGACAUUUAUGAUACAGAGGCACUACACAUUAAGACUACAGUUGAAUUUAGGGAUAAAGAAAAGGAAGCUCUCUGUAAAAGGGGUGAAGAUUACAAGGCAAGCAAGGAGGAAAUUGAAGAACUGAAGAUUAACCUCCAACAAGCAAACAAACUAUUUGUAGAAAAGAAUAAGGGACUUAAGGAGCUGAUUUGUGUUCUGAUGGAUUUCAAAGAUAAGUUUGAUCAGGAAAAAGGAAAGCUAAAAGAAACUGUACAGUUACAGCUCAGGUGGCAAGAAAACCAGGAAGAAUCUCAGUAUUUUAAAAAGGCAUUUGAUUCAAUAGAAAGAGAGAGAGAAGAGCUCAUCACUAAUUUAGGGAAGGCCAAUGCAGAACUAGUAGAUAUGAAAAUGGAGUUAAAACAUUUCAGUGAAGAAAACAAAAAACUUAUGGUGGAGUUAGAUAUAGUACAUGAGAAGUCUGUACCAGCCUCUGAAGCAAGGGAUAUGGUAUCAUGUAAGAAAGUUGAAGAAAAUUAUAGUGACGAGGAACUGGUGCUGGCACACUCAGAAACUAACUUGCUUCAGUCAAGGCUCCAAGGCAAAGACAUCUGUGUUCAGUCACUACAGAAGGAUUAUUCCAGAAGAGCAAAGGUAGUAGAAGAAAGAAAUUAUGAAAUUCAGAAACUAACCAAAACGAGUCAGGAACAGGCAGGGAAAAAUAUAACUGUGAUUGAUCCUGUGUUGCAAAAGCAAAAGACUGUUGCACAGGAACAAUCCAGAGAACAUCUCCACAGGAAGCUACAAGCAGCUUUAAUAUCACGUAAGGAAGCUCUGAAAGAAAAUAAAUGUUUAAAAGGUCGGAUUGAUGAACUGAUGUUGGAAAAAGAAGAAUUGACCAGUAAGUCACGUACUCUUGAAUGCUUGUUGUCUGAGCUUGGCAAAGAAAAACAAAACUCAAAUGCUAGUUCUUCACUGAGUACAGAAGAAACCCUUGCUUUUGAAAAUGCUAGACUAUUAGCUGAAAAUGAAAACUUAACUGCUGCAUGUGAAAGUCUUAAAUCUACUAUGGAGACUAUAGUUCAGGAAAAGGAAGCUUUUUCCUUCCAACUAAAUACUUUGAAAGAUUCUCAGACAGUUGAAUUAACAGGAUGGAAAGCUAAACACAGUGAAUUAAAACAAGAUUAUGAGUCACUUCUGCAGGCCUAUGAGAACAUAAGUAGUAAAAUAGCAGAAAUGAGGCAAAUUAUGGAUCUCACUAGAAAAGAAAAGCAAGAAGCUAUUCAGAGAUUUGCUGAGAGAGAACAUGAAAAACAGGAAUUGGAGAAGCAACUUUAUGAAGCCGUUGAUGAAACUGAAGCUAUAAAGAAUAAAUUGCAGCAACUUGCUAAAUCUAAACAAAGUACAAUUGAUGAAUUACAGAGUAAAUUAGAAAGGCAGACAUUUGAACAUGAGGCAAGGAUGGAAGAACUUCAGCAGCGUCUUCAUGAAUUCAUUCUGCAGAACAGACAGCUAAUGGAGGAAAAUGAGCAGCUGAAACAAACUUCUGAGAACCUGAAGCAGGCUUUAGAAAAAAUUCAGUAUGAAAAUGAAGUCCUUCAUAAUGAUAUCAGUGCAACUAAAUCAGACCAAGUGCAAAUGGAAUUGAACGAGGCUGUUAUGCAGUCUAAAAUUACUGAUGCUUUACAUGAGAGAGAAUCAUUAUUAAGGGAAGUAAGUUUGUUAAAUGAUGACAUUUCAGGGAAAGAACUAAAUAUGCUUGCCUUAGCGCAAGAAAGAAGUUUGCUUUCAGAAAAAGUAAAAGAAACUGAAGAAUCUUUGGAGCAGAAAAAGAGGUCGCUAUCAAAGCUGGAAAAUGAAUGUGGAAAUCUUAAACAAGAAAUUGUUAUCUUGAAUGAAAGAGUUAAAAUUUUAGAAGAUGACAAGUGCCUCUUACAGGAAGAACUUGAAAAUGUACAAGAAACGUCUUUCAAAGUUAAAAAUGAGCGAGAAUUUCUGGAGACAGAAUUGCUCAACCAUACCAAGAAGGUGGAUCAACUGACAGACAGACUGAAAUCUGCGCAGGUGCAGAAUAGCUUCCUGCUCCAACAGUUGGAAGACGUAAAGGCAAAGAACUGCAAUCUCAUUAGAGAGCAAGAAGAACAGCAGUUGAAUAUUGCAAAAGUAUUUGAGGAGAAGGUGAAACGUGCUCAGAGAGGCAAUGAUGGGACAAAAACCAAAACUAGAGAAUUGAAAGAACUCUUGAAGGAAAAACAGCAAGAGAUCAACCAGUUACAAAAAGAUUCUAUUAAAUUCCAAGAACUGAUUCUAGACUUGGAGCGAUCUGUGAAACUAUCCCAGUCAAAGAAUGACGAAUUUGAGAAAGAUUUAAAUAAUGCAACAGAAGAGCGUGCCAAAUUAAAUGAACAAAUAUACAGUCUAAACAAUAAGCUUUCUUCCCAGAAGAAUUUGUUAGAUCAGUCAAAGAGCGACUUGGACAGGGUUUCAGCUGAGAAUUUAAUUUGGAAAAGAGAAGUUCAGAAGAAAGAAGAUCAGCUACAAAAUCAGAGGCAAGAAUAUGAGAAAGAAUUAGAGCUUAGCCUUCAGCAGCUAAAGACAGUGCACAAGAGAGAGUGGUUGAACCUUGAAGAAAAAUACAGCGCACUUCAGCGAGAGAAAGACAAGGUAGAUGGUGAACUUCAUCGUUUGCAAAAGAAAGUCUAUGUUACAGACUUCUUUAGAAAGGUUCAAGCAGAUUUCAAUGCAACUAUAGCCAAAUUAUCCGCUUUUGCAAAUUGCACAGCUUCUCUUCCAAAUGACUGGGGCCAGGUGAUCAGUGAAAUAAAAACCUUGGAAAAACAGUUCAAAGAGGUAAUCCAAAAUAAAGAGAAACAGGUAGUAGAGAGUUACCCAGAAAUACAGUCUUUACAAAGUGAUACAAAGGAGAAAAUGGAUCCGAUUCAGGAACUGAAUACGACGUUCUCUGUGUUAGAAGAAUCAAAGAAUGAAGUGUACUCAAGGCAGAAAUCUUUAGAUCCCCAAAAUUACAAUGAACUGUGCAGAAUAAAAAAAGAAAAUGAGAUUCUUCUCAACCAACAGCAAAAAUUGGGUACCAUUCUUCAAUCAAAAGAAGCAGCUUUACAUGAGUUGCUUAAAGAAAAUAAUUCUCUUAACCAUCUUCUAGAGAAUAGUAGAGAUGCAGGAAGGCAAAUAAAAGUGUUGGAAAGUAAUUUUGCUAGAAAAGAACAGGAGUUGCAACAAAUUCUGUUGGAAAAAGAAAAGAUCCAAGUGGAGCUGGAAAAACAGAUUGCCAUUUCUCAACAAAUGAAAAUAAGGCUGAACAACAAAGAUACAGAAAUAUCUAUACUGGUAUCAUCUAAGGAUGGGGAGAUUUCUGGAUAUCUCACGCAGAUACAGACUCAACAUAGAAAACAAAUCAAUGAAUAUGAACAGCAGUUAAAUUCUUUGCAAAUAAAAGCACAGCAAUCUGAAGAAGCCUGUCAGAAGAUGGAAAAUGAAUUGAAAAAUCUGCAGCUGAAAGCUGAUAAAACUGCUAAAGAUAAGACCGAAAUUGCCAAUGAAAUUGAUGCCUUAAGAAAAUCAAUGUCAUCUCUUCAGAAUGACAGGGAUGUUCUCAUUUCUAAAUACAAAGAUCUGGAAUAUCAGCACGAAAACAUUUUAAGUCAGAGAGAUGUUCUCUUCACUGGUAUUGGCAACUGUGACAGUGAUUUGAAACAAGAAAUAAGGAAGCAUCUGAAUCGGAUAGAUGAUCUUCAUUCUGAAAAUGCAAAGCUAAGUGCACAGUUAAUAAAAUGUAGGGAAGACUUUAACCAGGUUUUAUCUCUGAAAGAUCAUCAGUUGAAAGAACUGCUUAAACAGAAAUUGGAUUGCAUGAAGGACUUUGAACAGGAGAAAUUGAAACUUCAGAAACAAAUCACAGAAAUGCAGCUGACUAAUAAUUUGCAAAAGGAGAGUACAAAAUCUUUAGAACAUGAGAAUCAAAUAUUAAUAUCCAAAAGAAAUGAACUGGAAUCUCUAGUCGCAUCACUAAACAAAGAAAAACUCGUUUCUGAAACUAGAGAAAAACACCAGAUGAGGGAGAGUGAUCAGAAAAUAGAACUGGCAGUCAAUGCACAACAUGGAGAAAAGCUUCAAGACCUAUUUAAAAAAAUCCAGAAAUUAGGUAAAUUCCCCAAAUCUUCAGAGGGUAAAGACAGUAAGUCAGUUUUGACAUCUGAAUGGGGAAAUGAAACUGAUACAUCUCCAGAGAAGAGGUUGGUAGACCUUCAAUGUCAGAAUAAACAGCUGAGAUCCCAUACUGAGUCAUUUGCAAAAGCAAUGGCUUCUUUACAGGAUGAUAGAGACAGAUUAAUAGAGGAUUUCAAAAUACUUCAGAAUAAAUAUGAAUCUGAACUCAAAACUGAAAAAAAGAGAGGAGAUGAGCUUGUAACAAAACUGAAUGACUUCACAUUGCAAAUUGUGAAUGUACUAAAAGAAAAUGAUAUUUUGAGCCAAGAGCUUCACACUGCUAAAAACAAGGUCACUCUGGAUCAGGUUAUUAGUGAAAUUGAAAAUCUCUGUGAGGAAGUAAGUAGCCAAGACCUUGAGAUUUCUACGCUCACGUCUGAGAAUAAGAAGCAUAUUCAGCAAAUUGAAGCCUUUUCCAAAGCCAUGUCUUGUCUUCAGGAUGAACGAGACAGAUUGUUGCAGGAGCUCAGCAAACUGAAGGCUAAAGAAGGAGCCAGUCUAGCAACAGUUGAAAUGUCCAAACUAAAGAACAAGGUAGAUGACCUGGAGAGAGCUUUGCAUCAAACCAAAGCUUUUCAAGCAGAAACUGAGAAAGAGAUUGCAUCAUACAAAAAUGAAUUGGCUGGAUUAAGAAUGGAAAAAAAACACCUGCUGGCAGAAUCCCAAGCACUACAAAAUCAGUAUCAGAUGGCUAUUAGAGAGAGAGACCGACAGAUUGUAGAAUUACAGAAGUUGCAACAAGAUGCUAUUGUUAAAGAAUCGUCCAGCAGUAAUCACCCAAUAAAGGCACUGGAAAUGGCCACUCUAGUCAGAAGUGAAAACACCCCAGAGCAGGUGAAACAACUUUUAGCUGAGAGAAACCAGCUUCAGAAUGAGCUGCAGCACUGUCUUCAGGAGAUGCAGCAGAAAGAUGUUACUUUCCAGCAGAUCAGUUCAAAGGUAAUGCAGUCAACAGAGGAGAAUGGUGCACUGUCUGCCCAGUUGAAGACUAUCUCCCAGACUCUAAGGGAUAAUCAGCUAUGUUACGCUGAGCUGCAAAAUCGCUAUUUCAAACUUGAGAGGGAAUAUCGGGCAAUGCAAGUUGCUUCCUACCAAGAUGCAGCUCAGGACAAAACCAGAGCAGAAGUUCCCCCAGGAGCACCACAGGAGAGAGCUGCAGUUAUUGUUGAACUAGACAAUGCGGAAUUAAUUGAACUCAGGACAAGGCUUGCAGAGACUGAACAGCAGUAUGAUUCAGUACAGCAGACCCUGUCUCAGCUAACAGAAACACUGUCAGAAGAAAGGAGGAUGAGAGAAGCUGCAGAGGAGGCCUUAGGACAAAGUAAAAGUGGUGAAAUGAGUAGUUACAGAUCUGUUCCUAGAGAUUACCCUAUCCAAAUAGAGUCUGAUGAGGAAAGAGAAGCUUUGAUCAUUGAUCCCGACAAACAAGUUGUACGUAAGAUAAAAGGAAGAGCCCUUUCUUUCAGAAGAUGGCUUCGAAGACGCAGCCUUUACUGUUCCAAGUUGCUGACAUCCCGAGCAAAAUCCCGAUAUUUUUUCCUCACGUACUUUGUGACACUACACCUCGUUGUUUUUCUGUGUCUCACUGGCGUUCUAUAAAUGCAUUGUAUUUGCUGAGUAAAUUAUUUCCUUUUAGAUAAUGGUGUGCCAAUAAGGUAAUGGACUCUUCACAUGCUGCUGUUAAGCUAUGCACUGGACACAGUUGAAUAUAUCUUUGUUACACUACUUGUGUGUUAAGCUUCUUGAAAGAAGUUUCUGUAUAUCACGGUUGUUCCAAAGGUGACUUGAAAUGCUGUUUAACACUGGAAUAUUAUAUUUGCUAAAGAGAAAAUAAAUACCGCCUCACUCUGCCCUAUAAAGAAUCUGCUGCAUUAGGGAUAUUUAAUAUUGUUUGGGAGUAUAUAAUGAUUCAGUACUACUGAAAUGGGCUGUAAAUGGUAUCUUUUCUAUAUAAAUGUUAUUUUAAGAGAGUUAAACUAUACGUUUUAAAGGAAUAUGCAUCUACUUCUGUUUAUUGGCUUCUUGAUUAUAGCAAGAAGUUUUAUAAGAGUGCAAUAAAGGAAAAAAGAGCCGGAUCCACUCUUGAUCAUCUUGACUGGAAAUAAAGUUUUAAAUCUGAA